GAUGCUUAUUUAGGAAGAAAAAGGAAAUUUUGUUGAUGGUCCGCCCUUUACGCGGCUUUUGGUGCUUUCGUCCCGUUUUCCCUAAUUCUUAACGAAGAAGGAACAGGAGAAAGACAGCAAAAGAAAAUCUUCAACCCUAAAAGGUCAAAUCUUUCUCUGCGAACAAACAAAGACUCUAGCCAUGGGAAACACCGAGAAGCUCCUGAACCAGAUCAUGGAACUCAAAUUCACGUCCAAAUCCCUGCAGCGCCAGGCCAGGAAGUGCGAGAAGGACGAGAAAUCUGAGAAAUUGAAGGUCAAGAAGGCCAUCGAGAAAGGUAACAUGGACGGAGCUCGUAUCUACGCCGAGAACGCUAUUCGGAAGCGCACUGAGCAGAUGAACUACCUCCGCCUCGCGUCGCGCCUCGAUGCUGUGGUUGCCAGGCUCGAUACCCAGGCUAAGAUGACCACCAUUAAUAAAUCCAUGGCUAAUAUCGUCAAGUCUCUCGAAUCUUCCUUGAACACAGGCAAUUUGCAGAAGAUGUCAGAGACAAUGGAUCAAUUUGAGAAGCAGUUUGUGAAUAUGGAGGUCCAGGCAGAAUUUAUGGAGAGUGCUAUGGCUGGUUCCACUUCAUUGUCCACACCAGAAGGUGAGGUCAACAGCUUGAUGCAGCAAGUUGCUGAUGACUAUGGCUUGGAGGUCUCUGUUGGGUUGCCACAACCUGGUGCUCAUGCUGUGUCGACCAAGACAGAGGAGAAGGUUGAUGAGGAUGAUUUGUCGAGGCGGCUUGCAGAGCUUAAGGCUAGAGGUUAGAGAAAUGAUGGAAUUGAUUUGGAUGAUCUUGUGAUAUAUAAUAGUACUAUGAUGUUUGGGAUUGUAAGUGCUGGUUGAAACAAUCUUAUUCCAUAUGUAAAUUUGUCUGAAUUGGGUUUCCCUUUAUAAUUUUAAAUGCUGCAUUUGUUUCAGAUAA